CUCUUCAUGUAAGUGGAUGGUCGGUGUUGAUGUUUCGCGGUUUGUUUCAUUGCUAAUUCAUCUAUUUUCCAAUGAAAUAUGUGGUUUGGUUCCUUCAUUGAGCCGAUUGGAUUCAAUUCAUCGCCCUCAUGCGAUGGCUUUUUGCUGCCUGUUUUGAAUACGAACCAUAAAAAAAUCAAAAUGCUUGGUCUGCCUUUCUUUCUUUACCAUCACCUAAAUAGCAAGAGGUUCCCUUUAUCAACCCAUUGCAUACAAAACUAACCAAGGUCAAAGACAUUCCCUAUUUUGUGGACGAUAAGUUUAUGCGAACUCUCUACCGGGAUCGCUACCAGCUCGCACAAGUCGAACGAAUGGUCCAGACAGCAUACGAAAACUACCUCGUCGAUGCAUGCAACGACCAGCGAAGACACAAAAAGAAUUUGCUAAAGGAAGCGGAAACCAAGGCGACGGAAGAGGAAAUGGAGAUCGCCAGAAGAACGGCCGAACGAUUUGAGCUUUUCCGAUGCGUCGAGCUGAAUAAUUUCUUCCCGUUGCGGAAUACGGGCAGACGCUAUUAGAGUGAUGAAAUCCAGUCGAAAGAAAAAAGAAAAUUAAGACAGCAACUAAGU